AUGAGCACGGCUACAUUACCAGAAAGCUACGACGAUUUAGAAAAUCCUCUCCACCAGCGGAAGCUUCCAGUCCCAAACCUCACAAUUUGUAUACUUGUUUGUGGUACCCACGGAGAUGCUCUUCCAUUCAUUUGGCUUGCCCAUGCAUUGCAAGAGCUGGGCCAUCGAGUUCGAAUAGCCACUCAUGAAACUCAUCGAGAACUGAUUCUUGGUGAGCUCAUUGAGUUCUAUCCAUUGGCAGGUGACCCAAAACAACUCUCAGCUUGGAUGGUAAAGACUGGAGGAACAAUCCUGGGAGAAGCCAUGCACCCACAAACAUUUCCUGCCAAGGGGAAAAUGGUGAAAGAGAUUAUUGAAUCAUGCUUCCCAGCUGUCACACAGCCUGAUCCAAAAGAUGCUGAGCUCAAGCCAUUUCUGGCUGACUGUAUCAUAGCAAAUCCUCCUGUCAUGGGUCACAUACAUGUGGCUGAGGCCCUGGGAGCUCCUUUACAUAUCAUGUUCCCUCAGCCAUGGUUCUAUGGCACUAAUGACUUCCCUCAUCCUAUGGCUGGCCUGCAGUACGUUCAAGGGGGGCUUGGGAACGCAGAGUCGAAUGCAGCUUUCGAAGUAUUGAACACAGCAGCCUUUGGCAGUUUCAUAAACCGUUGGAGAUCCAAGACUUUACGCCUACCUCGAUUGUUUGUCGGAAGCGGUCUGUCACAAGCAGUCAGAGAAUUCAGAAUUCCGUUUAGUGCCAUGUGGUCUCCAAGCUUUGUGCCCAAGCCACAGGAUUGGCCGGACUAUUGUCGUGUCGUCGGCAGCUUUGUCCAGAAACAGCGCACCUGUAGGGUGCAAGUCAAUGAGCAGAAUUUCCUUAAGUUCUUGGAAUGGUACAAACAUGGUGAAAAACCGAUUUUCAUUGGGUUUGGAUCCAUGAUCAUAGAAGAUACCAAAAAGUUGUCCGAAGUUAUUAUGGAAGCAUCUCGAAAAGCUGGAGUCCGUGUGGUGGUGCAAUCUAAUUGGUCCAAGCUGGAAACAUCCAAGCAAAAUCUUUGUUGUGACAUUGGUAGCUGCUCCCAUGAUUGGCUACUACCAAAGUGUUGUGCUGUUGUUCAUCAUGGAGGAGCAGGAACAACUGCAGCUGGGCUCAUGCAAGGCUUGCCAACUCUUGUAUGCCCUUUCUUUGGAGAUCAAUUCAUGUGGGCACGGAUGGUUCAUCAGGCUGGGGUGGGACCAGAGCCAUGUCCCAUACAAAAUCUGACUGCAGAUAUACUUGCAGAGAAGUUUCUGGAGUUGACCAGCGCGGAAACCACACAAGAGGCACAGCACCUUGCAAAGAAGAUGAUUGAGGAAGAUGGUGUUGAGGGAGGGCUUCAGCACUUCUUGGAUGGAUUGCAAAGAGACAACCUCUGCUGUGAUGUCAACCUUGUCAUGGGAGAGGCUGAACUGGCUUGCUACAGAAUACGAAGCCAAGAGGUCAAGAUUGGUCGAGAAGUAGGAGCUUUGCUAGUCAGACCUGUGUUAGGCAGAUCGCUCAGCCACCUCUGUCGAUGGUUACCCGUAUGCUGUUGUGGUGUGGCACUUGAACGGUAUUCGCGACAGACCUACUCUCUCCCCAAAACUUUCCUUAGAGGUUGCGUGUCUGGUUGCACUGGCUGCUUUGCCUAUGUGUGUUUCAGCCCAUGGUAUAUUUUGACGAAGUCCUACAAGUAUGCCAAGUCACACGGAGCCUUGGGCUUUUUGUUCGGGGUCUUGGUGUCUCCAUUUUAUGUCAUUUGGGCUGUUCUUUACGGCAUUUUUGUCGUCUUUGUAGACAGAGCGUUGGUUGGCCUUCUCAAUGGUUGUUGUGGUCGAAAGGUACAUUACGUUCUCGACCCAGCGGCUCGGUCCCGCCCUUUUUCGCCUCCGUGCUCCAUUGCCGAAGAGUUGCAAGACCUUGAAGCACCAUCCGAUGAGAGACUGGAAGCAGUCAACGAAGCCUUGGAAAUAGUUAGGAGCGCUAAUCGGGUUUUCCGAAACUGCAAUCCUGGUUUUCGUGACGACCACUGGAAUUGGAAAGUCGUUGCAGCAAGCAAACUGAGAUCUAAGACUUCAAAACUCAAAUCUCUCACAGCGGAGGAACAAAGCAGCUUAUCGCGGUUGCUAGAAUUUGAAGGUCAUCAAGAAAUCAGUUUCAGCCGGUUUUGUCUAGUCAUUGGAGAAGCGAUUAAGCCUCGCUUUCAGCAGCACUAA